AUGCCUUCUGAGCCCUUCGAAGCCGAGUUUGUCUACCCACCCGCCCUCUCACCCGACCAAGAAGAGGAAUACCGCCAGCUAGAUCGGGAAGGUCCCCUUACAUCUCCACUAUCACGCCAUUCGACACAUGGUACAGCUACAUAUGUCGGGACAGGCGACGACAUCGUGAACGUCAAAUCACUCGAGAAGGAACGGAAGAACGAGGGAUACCAUAUUGUUACCUUUGAGGAAGGGAAGCAUGAGAAUCCCAGAGAGUGGGGAAUGGGCCGCAAGUGGUUUAUCACACUUGCCACCUCAUUUCUUUGUCUCGCUGUUGCGAUUGGCAGUUCCAUCGCUACCGGAGACAUCGCAGGGCCGACAAGGGAUCUUCACAUUCAACAGGAGAUCACCAAUCUCACAGUGACAUGCUUCGUCAUGGGAUUCGGUCUUGGCCCUCUGUUCCUCGCGCCACUAUCAGAGGUAUUUGGCCGUCGGCCUAUCUACUGCAUCAGUCUUUUCCUCUACUUCAUCUUCACCCUCCCAAGCGCUCUUGCGAAGAACGCCGCAACUCUUGUAGUCGCCCGCAUGAUCGCAGGCCUGGCGGCCUCCGCCCCCAUGUGUAACGUCGGCGGAACCAUCGCAGACGUUUGGGAGAUUGAAAAUCGUGGGGCUCCAAUGGCCAUAUUCUCUGGAACCAUUUUCCUUGGCCCUUGUAUCGGACCCAUGAUCGGCGGAUGGAUUGGUCAAAGGGCUGGUUGGCGCUGGCUUUACUGGGUCCUAUUCAUCUUCGUUGGCUGCUCCUUCAUUUUCACUCUUUUCAUGCCCGAAACUUUGGCACCCGUUCUCCUCCGUCGAAAGGCCGCAAAACUGCGAAAGGACACUGGAGACGACAAGUAUCGCACUCUUGAGGAGCUUGAAAAGAAGCCCUUCGCGCAGACCAUCAAAAUCGCACUUAUCCGUCCUUUCAUUAUGAUCUUUACGGAGCCCAUCAUCAUCUUCAUGUCGAUCUAUUUGUCGUUUGUGUACAGUCUUCUGUACCUUUUGUUCUUCGCGUUCCCUAUCGCCUUUGCCGAGAUUCGUGGCUUUGGAUUGGGUAUGACUGGUAUCACUUUCGUCAGCAUUAUGAUCGGCAUCAUCAUCGCUCUCGCCAUGGUGCCCGUUCAAGAAAAGGUGUACACCAACGCGACAAGGGAUGGCUCCUUCCCCGAAGCGCGGUUAUACCCCAUGAUGCUGGGUGCACCAAUCCUUCCCAUAGCACUAUUCAUCUUCGCAUGGACAGGUGCCUAUGCCCACGUCCACUGGAUGGGCCCCAUAAUGUCGGGCGUCAUAUUCGGGUUCGCCAUGAUCCUCCUCUACGUCUCCGCAAACUCCUACAUCAUCGACUCCUACUCAUCCUACGCCGCCUCCGCCAUCGCCGCCAAAACCCUCAUGCGCUCCGAGAUCGGAGCGAUGGUGCCGUUGUUCGUCACGCCCAUGUUUCAUAAUAUGGGCUUUCAAUGGGCUGGUUUCCUUUUGGCUAUGCUCUCUGUCCUUAUUGGUCCGAUCCCGUUUGUGUUUUAUAUAUAUGGAGGAAGGAUCCGCGCGAGGAGUCAGAAGGCGUCUAAAGCCCAACGGGGGAGUGGGGAUCAUGAGAAGGCGGAUAUUGGACAUUGA